UCAGACACAAAGGCAUUUAUCUCGAGUGGGCCUGAAUCAAGGCUGUUGCAAUAUUCAGAGGGCAUUAUGAAGCUUGAACAAACACGACCACUAGAUGGCCUUCAGAGACGCGCUUCCCGAGCCAUAUUGCGUGUGCGCGCGAGCGUGUGCGUAUAAGAGUGUGGGUGAUUUCAUCCCCGCGCCUGUCAGACAACGCCGAGGACAAACGCUGCCGCCGCUGUAGCUAUGGAAACUCGUCGAUAGCAACAUCCACCAGUCUUUUCUGCCUCCAUCCUCGAACCUCGCCAGGAGCCGAGCGUGCGCCACCGCAGACGAUUUGCGAGACGCUGCAAGAUGGCGUUGAAGCGACUGUGUGCUUGUGUUGUGCUCCUCGCCAGCUUAGGCCACAUUCCGUCGUCAGUCGCAGUAAUCCUCCGAACCACAGACAAGAUUGUGUGGGCAAACGAGUUUGAGCCCAUCGAACUGACCUGCUUAAUCGAGUCCAUCUCCACCAACAACCCCAGGAUUGAAUGGAAAAAGAUUAAAAACGGCGUCCCCAGCUACGUGUACUUUCAGAACAAGAUAGCAGGCGACUUGGAGCACCGAGCGCAGCUGAGAGAGCCGGCCAACAUUCUGAUCUACAACACCACACGGUCGGACACUGCAGAGUACCGUUGCGAGGUGGCCGCCAUUGAUGAUCAGAGGGACUUUGAUGAGAUCCUGAUUAGUCUUGCAGUGAGAGUGAAGCCCGUGGUGCCGCGCUGCAGCGUACCUGAGGCCGUCACAGUGGGAACACAGACCGAACUUCGUUGUCUAGAGAACGAGGGCUUCCCUGCUCCUCAGUACCGCUGGUUCCAUGACAACGAGGAGCUUCCGCAGGACCCCAAAAUCAGCUUGAAGUUCGUCAACUCCUCAUACAGCAUCAAUCCUGACACUGGAAGUCUGAAAUUCCGAAGGGUGAGAAAGGAGGAUGCUGGGGAAUACUACUGCCAGGCCAAGAAUGAUGCCGGACACGCUCAGUGUCCCUCGCAGAAGAUGGAAGUCUACGAUGUGGACAUCCUUGAUAUUUUCCUCAAGUCAUUUGGUGGCGUGGUCGCCUUCAUCUGCGUCACCGCCACCGUCUGCAAUUGCCUUAAACGUGUCUGCUCGCCCAAAAGAAGCCACAAUGAAAACAACUACAAUUGGCCGGCGCAGAACGAUGGCGUUGACUAUGGCGACGCCGACGAGGGACAUUUCCGACACAAGUCUUCGUUCAUCAUUUAACAGCGGAGGGAGGGAAUCAGUUGGUGUUUAAUCCGAGCAGCAGCGGACGCUUCAGACGGAUGAGCUCGUGAGGGCGUGAUGCAACAUGGCACAUUCUUCUCUGAUGCACAUCCAAAUCAACUUGCCAAAGUAUCUUUAGUAUGAGUUUGUGACACUAGUCCAUGGUUUUAUAGUGUUACCUGUUUUUUAUAAAACGGUUCUUUAUAUUGCGUUGAACUGCGACUUCUGUUCCUGACAAGUUUAUGGUCUUUUCCAUGAGAUGGAACGAUUCACGUUUUUUGUUUUUUAAUGGCCAAGAGUUGAACACUUUUGUAUAUACUGUAGUUAUACGGGCAAUAAGAGGACGACGUCUAAAGGCUGAUCAGCUCCAAAUUCCUAUGGCACAAUUUAUCAGCCAGUAUGUUAUUGAUCAUAAGUACAAGUUAACCACGGAUUUUAAAACUAUAUAUCCCAAUAUGCUGCAGAUUAAAAAUGUAUUAUAAAGGUGGUGAUUUGAUUUCUGGAGUGCUGUUUUUAGUGUAUAAGUGACCUUCUGUGCUUUACAAAAUACUUUGUCAGUAUUGGACAUAUUGUCCAGGUUAGGUUCAGUAUUUGUUGUACAUAUAAUUACUUUGAAAUUUCUUACAUUGCACUCCAUGUUUUAUUGUACAUACAGUGAAUAAAACUGUAGAUACAUAUACAGUAUUUACUGUCCUGUGUGUGUCUGCUGUGUCAGUUCUCAGCAUAUUCUCUUUUUUUUUGUUCAUAAUUUGUGUAAAAACUCAGGAACUGUUGUACAAUGUCCACUGUUGGUUUGAUAUUAGUUCUCUGUUCUUGUUAUUUUGGUACUAUUAAAGACAUUUU